AUGAAUUUAUUAAAUGAAAUAUUACAAUUCAGUAAGCUACUUACCUCAGCAAAUGGAAAUGAUGUUUUCAGUUGGGAUUCCAAACAUUUAAAUUUUGUUAUUCGAUAUGCACGUACGAUUGAAACUAAGUUAUUUGGAUUAUCAAGGGAAAAAACAGAUCUGAUUCAACAACAACUUGAUAAUGGAAUGACCAGAAUUAUUAAAAAACAAAAACCACCGCCAUCCUUAGAAGAGUUAAGAAAUGCUCGUUGUUUAUUGUAUAAAGCAUUGAUAAGUAAUCCUAAAUUAUCAAAUAAUUUGUAUUCUUACUUGUUAAAAACAUAUGGGUUUAAUGAUGAUAAUGAAAGAAAUUCUUCUUCAAAAAAGGAUAUUAUAACAAAGGCAUCAGGAAUUACCAAUACUUUUUUAGAAUGUUUGGAUGACAUUAAAAUCAAUCAUAAUUUAGUAGAAACAAAAGAUAUUUCCACUACUACCAUUUGUAAUGAAUAUAUUCGAAUAAUAACCAAAAACAAUUUAAUUGAUUCAAGGACAAUAAAAUACGACUACUCAUUCAAACUUUCACCUAUUAAUAUUAAAAGAUGUACUGCUGGCAGAAUAUUGUUAAAAAAUUGUUUAAAAUUGUACAAUAAUAGUAGCACCAGUAAUGGAUAUAAUGGAUAUAUUCACUGUGAUUUAAGAAAAGAAGUUGAAAAUCAAAUUAUCAAUUACUUGAAUAAUUAUGUUGGAGAAGAAUCAGGUGGAAUGGAAAUAGUUUUUCGUAGCACUAUACUAGCUUUUGAAGAUAACCAAUUUUAUCGUGAUGAUGACCAUGGCUAUGUUAAUAAUUUAAAUUUAUUAGGGUUGAGACAACUUUUUCUAAGGUGGAUUAUGACAGAGAAGAAUCAGGAAAUAGUUUUUCGUAGCACUAUACUAGCUUUUGAAGAUAACCAAUUUUAUCGUGAUGAUGACCAUGGCUAUGUUAAUAAUUUAAAUUUAUUAGGGUUGAGACAACUUUUUCUAAGGUGGAUUAUGACAUGUAUUUUUUCUAAUCAAAAUCAAAAAAAUGGUACAAAAAUGACAGAUAUUGAAUCAGAGAUUUGGAUUUUACAUCCUUGGAUACUUGAAAAAAUUUCACAAUAUCAUGAACCAUUCUUUAAAUUUUAUUAUGGAAGAUUGAUACAUUGCACACGUGAAGAACAACAAAGGAUGAUGAUUUUGGAAGAUGAAAGAACAUUCAAUCAUUCUAUUCAACCUUUGAUGUAUUAUAGAAAAAUUAUUAAAAAAUAUGAUAGCGAUAAAGAUGAUGAUGAUACUUUUUAUAUUAGUACUACUACUAAUAGUACUAACACCGCCAUUAUUAAAACUAAUGAUAAUAUGGAAACAUCUAGCCAACGAACUAGAAUACAUGAUAAUGACGAACAUUUAGAUAGUAUAAUGAAUGAAUGA